AUGUGGGGAUUCUUUUACCAUAUAUUGUUGAGUACACCGAAUCAAGGUGUCGGGCCCCUUGAUAUGCUGAGCAGCCGUUGGUCCGGAAUAGCCGUGGCCGUGGCAACAAGUAGUAUUAAAGAAGUCAUUUUCCUGCGGGCUAGACAUCGUCAUACUUCUUUCUCAAACCGUUAUUGGACCUGGCCACGUCGCCUCGGGGGCAAUGGAGCGGAUGGGGACAGACUUGGGGCGGGGGCGGUCGUGCAAGCACUUAUCCCGCCCUCCGAACUAUACGCCCAGUCAUUUUGUGAGAUACUUCCGCCUCAUCGGAAAUGUGGCCAGGUACCUUCCGAGACGUUGUGCCUGCAUCUUUUGUUUGAGGAGCAUGCCGUGGCUCCAGGCUACAACCCACUUAGGUUGCACGUUAAAUCGGUCCCAUUAGGAAACGCAGCUAACAAUCUUGGAAGUCCUCAUCAUGUUGUCAGCUCUCCUGGACCAUAG